AUCUGCGCGCUUAAAGUCUUCCCCGAUUUAGGUGGCGGGACGUCCCCCUCGCUCGGACCCGAGGCGCUCAGGAUGCCGCAGAGACCUGGGGAGGAGGAGGAGGAGGAGCGAGAACGGGAGGACGCUGCUCGGCGUCUGUGCUCGGUAAACACGCGGGAGCCUUGCCAAGUUAUUUUCUGCAACCGCACCCCCCGCUUGGUGAGCCCCGUCUGGCUGGACUUCGACGGGAAGCCGCGCCCCUAUCCCACCCUGAAACCGGGCACCGGCCGCCGGAUGUACAGCUACCUGGAACAUCUUUGGUUGUUCAGAGAUGCCAGGUCAGGUGAUAGUCUCCUUGUCAACCAGACGGAGCUGUUUGUAGCUACUCGCAAUACAAAUGGACAACCCAUAUUUGCAAAUGUUACAUUGCCAGUAUUCACUCUAAAGGAAAGAUGUCUGCAAGUUAUCCGCACAUUAGUGCAACCAGGAAACUACAGGGAGUUAGACAUUGUUCGUUCAUUAUAUGAAGAUCUAGAAGAUUAUCCAGACAUUAGGAAGGAUCUUCAGCGGCUUUCUGUGGAGAGGCAUAACCGAUUGAGGAAUGGAAUCUCUGAUCGACGUGAGGAGUCUUAAAUGAGAAAGCUACUUGGGCUAAUAAAGUGCUAUGUACAAGAGGUAUUAUGAAUGGAAAAGAUGACAUCAACUUUCUGUUGUGUGUUACUUAACUCUUGUUUGGCUUAGCCUAUGUAGGUUAUAUGUUGACAGCUGUAGGAAUGGACAAUGAGUCAAAAUGCCACCAGGCUAUAGCUAAAAACACUUUUAAUAAAA